AUGGAGGCUACACCAGACCUGUCGUCGCUCACCCUCCAGUGUAGCUCGGGACUGAUGACUUCUGUCGCGUUGUCACUACCGGACAUUGUAUCGCAUGUCUUCAGCUUCUUGCGUCAGGAUAGAAAGACUCUACGAGCAGCAGCAUGCGUCACCGAAUUAUGGUUUCAAGAAGCGACACGACUUUUGUGGACCGCCGCAGGAUCUCAGAUCUUGGUUGCUGUCAAAGACACACGGCGAAAUCUAUACGCCCGGAAGAUCAGCAAGCUCACUUUGCAAUCUGUAAACAGUCACGAACACCUACGACAUUGUCAAUUCACUGCUCUACGGAUUCUCGUAUUCUCUGGAGGGCCGAGAAAUGUAGACUCGGAUUUGCUUUGCCAAUAUUUGCAUUCUGGUCUAGAGGAGGUUUACUUUACCAGUCUACCACCUGAUCAUUUCUUGGACGGGCUAAAUCAACAAUGUCCACGACUUCGAGUCUUUCACCAGGGCACAAACUCAUUUGCACUAGGCUCCAAUCUUGCUCGGUUUCUGAGGAACAAUCGCUCUUUGCGACACGUACAGCUGUCUUUGGCAUGCGAACCUGAAGCUGCUGCUCUGCUGCAAGCCUUGAGUAGUAUUGCCAGUCUUGAGUAUCUCGCUAUACUUGGGGAAACCUCCGGAAAACAUCUUACAGAACUUCAAGAAUCGUAUGCAGACAUCGUUAACACUUCUGGCUCAAGAACUUUUGCUUCAGUGCACAAAGUCGAGCUUACCAUCGGAGUUUCUGCUAUACCAAUGCUAUCUUUAACAUUUAGUGCAAUAACAAGCCUCUGUCUCGACGUUUUGAUCAAACCGGGAAACUACAUGCUUGAUGUGCUUGCUGGCCUCCCCCUGGAGACUUUGCAGCUUCACGUCAUCACUGGCGCAGAAUUGUCCUCGCGCGAACUCAUUUUCUUGCACAAGUCGAGUAACCUACGAAGUCUGGUCAUCAAGCCAAUGCCGUGGAGACCAGGCGGAAGAAUAGCAAAAUUUGAAUCAUCAAACAACGACUUCAGAUACAUCUUCUCCAAGCUGUCCAAACUGGAGAAGCUGUUGAUCUGGUUCGAAUUAGACAUCCCGGAUCCAGAUACCGCCCUGAUUGAUCUUGGUCAGUCUUGUCCAAGACUGGAAAAUAUGCGCAUCUAUUCCUCCAUCGACCUGACGGAGUGGGAAUCAGUUCCAGCGCCUCUAUUUCCAAGUCUCAAGUUUGCCUGGAUCGCUUCUGUCAACGACGAUCAACUCAUAGAGGAGCCCAAUGAAUCAAUUGCACAGACCCUCGCAGUUCUUAUCGAUCAACAAGCACCGAAGUUAGAUAGAUUCGUAGCUUUGAACAGCUACGCAUUUCGUCCUACGGAUGCUAAUGAGCUGUCAAGAUUGGUCAUGAGAGCACAUGGGAGAAUAAAAGAGAUCAAUCAAACACGUCACGCGAAGGAAGACAGUCUUGAUCUGACUGCUCGGUGA